AUGUCUUGCUCCGCCAUCUUUAUUCUCGACCUCAAGGGAAAUGUAAUCGUUUCACGUAAUUACCGUGGAGAUGUGGAAAUGUCAUGUAUUGAAAGAUUUAUGCCAUUGCUCGUCGAGAAAGAAGACGAAGGUUUCCAUUCACCUGUAAUUCAAUCCGGCGAAAUAAGCUACACCUUUCAUCAAACCCAUGAACCUCUACUUGUGAGCAUCUCAAAGAAGAACAUGAACGCUGCCCUUGUACUCUCAUUUCUUUACAAAUGCGUCGAGGUGUUUUGUGAGUACUUCAAAGAUCUUGAAGAGGAGUCUGUGCGCGACAAUUUUGUCGUAAUUUAUGAACUUUUUGAUGAAAUGAUGGAUUUUGGGUAUCCUCAGACAACGGAAAGCCGAAUUCUUCAAGAAUUGCACCUCGUCCUCCAAUGGCAGUCACUAAUGCAGUUUCAUGGAGAUCGGAUGGGAUUAAAUAUCGGAAGAAAUGAAGUCUUUCUUGACGUCAUCGAAAGCGUUAACAUGCUGGCAAAUGCUUCUGGAACGGUUCUACGAAGUGAGAUUAUUGGCUCUAUUCGAAUGCGAGUGGUUUUGAGUGGAAUGCCAGAGCUUCGGCUAGGCUUGAACGAUAAAGUAAUUUUUGAGCAAGCAUCUGCUGGUGCAAGAGGCAGUCGAAAUGGUAAAGGAGUCGAAUUGGAGGAUGUCAAGUUCCACCAAUGCGUACGGCUAUCGCGUUUUGAAGCUGAGCGAACCAUCUCAUUCAUUCCGCCAGAUGGCGAGUUCGAACUGAUGAGUUAUCGUCUCACAACUCAGGUAAAGCCACUCAUUUGGGUCGAGGCUGUUGUUGAAAAGCACACACAUUCUCGAGUCGAGUACAUGGUUAAGGCUAAAUCGCAGUUCAAGCGGCAAUCGAUUGCUAAUCAUGUCGAGGUUAUCAUCCCGGUGCCUUCUGAUGCAGAUUCACCAAAAUUCAAAACCAGCGUCGGCUCUGUCAAAUACGUACCAGAGCUUAACGCAUUUGUGUGGACAAUUCGCAGUUUUCCAGGUGGACGUGAAUAUCUGAUGCGUGCACAUUUCUCCUUGCCUUCAAUCAUGAGUGAGGAGGCAGAAGGAAAACCUCCCAUGCAAGUGAAGUUUGAAAUACCUUACUACACUACAAGUGGUCUUCAGAAAAGUGGAUAUCAGGCGAUGCCAUGGGUCCGUUACGUGACACAAAAUGGUGACUAUCAGUUGAGAAUGACAUAG